AGGAAUGAUUUCUACAAAUUUCUGGAAGAUAAAAUUAGUAUUUGGAGUUAUUUGUCUGUACGCUGAAAGCUCCUUCCUUUGCAUAUGGCUUCCUCCCUUGUUCAUCUACCCAACCAUACCUUGAUAAGAAACACUAUUUCCCUCAUAAAAACUCAUUCCUCUAAUAAGUCUAAUCUCAUCCAAUUCCACGCCCAACUCCUCCGCUCAUACCUUAUUCUCGACACCUUUGUCUGCAACACCAUUCUGAAAGCUUACAUGCAAACCAUCUCUCCUUCCAAAACCCUCACCUUCUACAAGCACAUGCGAAGCCUUGGUGUUCCUGGUAACUCAUUCUCUUCCUCCUUCGCUCUCAAUUCAUGCAUCAAAAUCUCCUCUUUAUGUAUUGGACAGCAGCUUCACGGAAGGAUUGUCCAAGAUGGCCACCAAUCAGAUUCUGUUCUGUUCACCUCCUUGAUGUCUCUUUACUCCUUGUGCAGGGAACUGGACAGUGUCCGCACAGUGUUCGAUGAUAUGCCAAACAAAGAUACUGUAACUUGGAACGUGCUAAUUUCUAGCUUUGCCUGCAAUAACCGAACCAAAGAUGCACUGCUUCUCUUCGACGCAAUGCAGAGCCCAGAAUAUGGGUUAAAGCCCGACGCCAUUACUUGUUUGCUCCUACUGCAGGCAUGCGCCCACUUAGGCGCACUCAACUUUGGUGAGCGCAUGCACAAAUAUGUUGAAGAACAUGGAUUUGGAAACCUUCUCAAUAUUAGAAAUUCUCUAAUUGUAAUGUACUCAAAAAGUGGGGCUAUGGAGAAGGCUUAUAGAGUGUUCCGUGACAUGUCUGAGAGGAAUGUUGUUACCUGGAGUUCAAUAAUUUCAGGGUUGGCAAUGAAUGGCUAUGGAAGGGAAGCCAUAAGUGCUUUCAAGGAGAUGCAUAGGGAGGGUGUGGCUCCUGAUGAACAAACGUUUACCGGGGUUCUCUCAGCUUGCAGCCACUGUGGGUUAGUGGAUGAAGGGAUUAGUUUUUUGUUUGAUGCGAUGAGAUUUGAUUAUAAACUUACUCCCAAUGUUUGUCAUUAUGGAUGUAUGGUUGAUCUUUUUGGCCGUGCUGGUUUGCUUGAUCAUGCCUACAAUUUUAUAGUCAGUGAAAUGGUAGUUCAGCCGGAUGUGACAAUUUGGAGGACUUUGCUUGGAGCUUGUAGAAUCCAUAGAUAUGUUGAGCUUAGCGAACGUGUUAUGGAGCAUCUGAUUGAGUCAAAAGCUCAGCAAGCUGGAGAUUAUGUCUUAUUACUCAAUAUCUAUGCUUCUGUGGGUCAUUGGAAUAAAGUGGCAGAGGUAAGGGGGUUGAUGAAGGAGAAAGGGAUUCAAACAAGCCGUGGUUGCACUACGAUGGAGCUGAAUGGAAGAAUUCAUGAGUUUGUUGCUGAUGAUGACUCUCAUCCAAGGAAGGCAGAGAUUUAUGGAAUGCUUGAUGAGAUUGGAAAGCAGCUUAAAAUGGCAGGUUAUGUGGCCAACAUGAGCUCAGAGCUGCAUGAUUUGGAUGAGGAGGAGAAGACGGAUGUACUUUUUUAUCACAGUGAGAAGAUAGCUCUUGCUUUUGGAAUUCUUGCUACUGCUCCAGGAAGAACACUUAGAAUUGCGAAGAAUCUUCGGAUAUGCGUUGAUUGCCAUGAUUUUACAAAGGUAUUUUCGAGCGUUUAUGGUAGGAUGGUGAUUGUGAGGGAUCGGAACAGAUUCCACCAUUUCAGAGAUGGAAGCUGUUCCUGUAAUGAGUACUGGUAAGUGAAAGUGACUAUGGCCAUUAGGCAUUUGCUUCUUAUGAAUGCUGAUUAAAGAAUUUGUCUCAGCGUGUCUGAAAAGAUCAGUAAAAUUCUUUGCGCUUUUGCUUCUUGAGGUUAAUACAUCUUCAAACAUGUUUUUUUGAGACCCUGAGGGACAUUUUAGAUACAGAAAGAAUAUUUAAGAUGAUGACACUUGUUAGGCUUCAUCACUUAUGUAAUGUUAGAUUAAUAUUGUUUAUAAAGUUUAUGAAACCCUUAAUGUAAUUAUUUCUUUUUCAUAC